UCUGUCACAGUCUGUGAUGGGUACCCGGGUUCUCUGUCACGGUCUGUAAUGGGCACCCGGAUUCUCUGUCACGGUCUGUGAUGGGUACUCAAGGUUCUCUGUCACGGUCUGUGAUGGGUACCCGGAUUCUCUGUCACGGUCUGUGAUGGGUACCCGGAUUCUCUGUCACGGUCUGUGAUGGGUACCCACGGUUCUCUGUCACGGUCUGUGAUGGGUCCGGAGGUUCUCUGUCACGGUCUGUGAUAGGUAUGGAUUUUCUCUGUCACGGUCUGUGGGGGGGGAGGGGGGGGUGGGUCCAAAAUUUCUACCCUAUACACUUCAACACUCCUUUCAGAUCGUGUUUCACAAAAAUACUUACUCUAAGAAUCAAACAAGCAAUGCAAAUAAUAACAAUGAAGAAGAUAACUAUUGAACGAUCAUGGUCGCUCAUGCUUAUGGUAGAUGGAAAUGCCCGAACACAAAUGAAGUCAAUUACAAUUGCGAUACCCAAUAGAACAAUUGAUAUUAUACACAACCAAGCGAACUAAAAGUAGAAUAUAAAUAUAUUAACUUUAAUAGAAACAUUUUAUUGAAUAACUAUUCAACUUAUGUGCUGUUGUAGCGUUUUUAAAGAAAUAUCGAAUAUCAAUACGUACAAAUUACAUUUCGAAAUAGUUAUCCUAGUCAAACAUCUUGUAAGCAAGAUCUUUUUUACAGGUAUUUAGAAUCUUGGGUACAGAUUAAUAAGAUCUUAGGAUUGAACUCAUUAGAUAUUAGGCACAUAUUACGAUAAAAUCUAUUUCAUACGUCGUGAUUUGCGACAGAAUACAUGAUUUAUUAUGAAAUCAUGAUUCAAACCUGUCAUAAAGCGAAUUUGUUUUUUUUCUGUAAAAUCAUAUUAUGACACUUUUUCAUUUUAUUUUCAUUUGAGUUAUUCCUAUCUCAAAUAAUUGAAGCAAGUCAGACCUUGGAAUCUGACUCACCCUGAGAUGGCUCGAUCUCUAUUGGACUACUUCAAGGUAGUCCUCUCUCGAUGAUUGAUCGAGAUUAGCAUAUUCUCGAAUAAUUAAUAUUCGAGAAAUACUUUUUACAAAAAUUUAUUUUGAAAAUCUAUGUUUUACAUGUUCGAACACGUUGUUUAUAUACGGCUCUGUUUGCAUAAAAAGAAUGGUGAAUGAUUAGUCAGCACAUAAAUACUAAUGAUAUUGUUCUUUUACUCAACAUCUGAUGAGAAGAUAAUAGUAAACGAUAUCUUCUCUAUUAUUUUCACAAGGCCCUUAGUGCAGAUUUAUACGAUACAACCAAGAUAUUCACAUACAUAUGAUCUUUUCAAGAUCUUGCUUAUCAAUAAUAAAUUUGUAAAAUAUAGAUUUUUAAAGAUAAAUAAUAACAAAAAAAAUUGUAUUUUUAUUUUAAGAUGCAACAUGAAUUGAUAUGUAAUAAAUCAACAAUUGAUCUAUUUAUUAUUUAAUGUCAGGUUUUUUUAGUUUUAUUUUUAUAUUGAAAAUGUUCUUCUUUUUUAAGCUAUAUAGACAUUGUAAAGUCUAACACAUAGCAAUGUAAAGUCAAUUAGAGAGAACAUAAAAAGAAAAAUAUAAUGAUAAAAAGAUUAAUGGAAUAAGUAAAGAAAAUUUUAAUUUUAUAAUUUUUAUUAAUAUGUUGAAUUUUCAGCCAUAUAGAGACCAUCAUUAGAACUUGAAUUUGAUGAAUGAUAUAACAUUGUUCAACUUUAUUUCUUAUUUCAUCUUUAAUAUUGUAAUGUUGUUGUACUAAGAGUGUAACCAGUGUUUUUAAUAGGAAUCUGAGGCAGAGUGCCUUUCGGUACUUUGAAUGUAUAGCCCAAGUGCCAUUUGAUACUUUAUUUUGAAUGAUAAAGUGCCACACAGUACCAAAGCUGAAGAAUGUUUCAAGAAAAACAAAGGCGAAGUUAUUACUAUUCAUAUAUUUUCAUCAUAAAAUAGUUUUGUAGAAAAAAAAUAACACGAGAGAAGAAAAACACAUAGACAACAAUAGAAAUACAGUAGUCGCAAAAAGUCCUGCUCCCUCAAAAAUCACUAAAACUUUAACCGUUUGGCCUCAUAUUUUGACCAUAAAUAGAGCAUGUCGAACCCUGAUCACAAAUACCAACCCCAUCAUAAUUGCUUGAAUUGAAACGACGUUAUAAUAGGUAGUAGUCAUCUUUCUUGUACAACUGAUAAUUCGAGAAAAGAAAGACUUUUUGAGCUGGCCAACAUCUCAUUGUGUAGCACUCUACUGUAGCUAUCUACAGCAUAAAUUUCAUCGAAGGUCAGCGAGUCAGUGAAGAGUUAUGACCAUUUUACUGUAAUCAUUGAUGUACACGAAAACCAUGCAUUAACAUCGUUAGACCCACAACUCCAUAAAAAGCGUAAUGGAUCCAUCUGAAAUUUUCAGGAGAUGUUCCCUCACAGGUCUCCAUUAUUUCCUAAAAGUUUCAGAAGCAAACAUUCGACUAAAAGAAAAUGGCAUGCUAAUCAUCAUCCAGUAUUUGUCAAGGCUCCAUAAGGCCCAGUUUUCAAGAAAAUGUACUCAUUUUUUUACCCAUGAAAGGACAUGUCUCGGGCUUCAUUUUCAUACUAAAAUAUUGAUAAUUGCUCGUAUAUUUAACAAAAUAAAGCAAAAAACUUCUAUAGAUACCAUUUUUCAUGUUCUCAGCAAUAAUAAGAAGAGUAUGCCAUACAGCAAUAUAUUACUAGGAAAGUAUUUUCACUCGUUCACAAGCUCCACAGAUCGGUGCAGUUUAUCUGCCUGCAUUAUACAAAGACAUAUUUGACUUAGAAUUAUUGACAUUUGCAAUAAAAUUUCUCAAUAAUAUGCCUAAGUAUACCAUAAUCAAAUCAACAAGGCUGCUGUUUCAAAAAUAGGGUGGGUGUGUGAGUGUGGUUGUGGACGUGAGAUAAUAGAAGAUCCACACCCAAAACACAGUGCAUCAAAAAGAGAGUCACUAGACAUCGAAUAUUCAUUCCGUUAUCAAUUAUUUUGUGUUAAUUCUGAAAUGUUCUAUGAUGAUCUAAUCAAGCAAAUAUCUCCUCAUUUCAAUAUUGAUUUGCCUAAUAGCACUCUAUGAUUAAUGAUACAAACUCUAUGUUGAAUUUCAUGAUGGAUAUAUUGAUCAAUUGUGUAAACGAUUGCCGCAUACUUAUAGAACACAUUUACUAGCUCGGAUUAUUUAUCGAUAAUAAUCAUAAGUAGCAUCAUAACAAAUUUGUUUUAAUAUUGAAUAAACAUUAAAUUUUCGUCCAAAUUGAUCUAUAACGUUCUAUCAAGAAAAAUUUUUCGUUGCCAUCUUAUCGGAUUAUUUGCCUAGAUGAAUAUUUUAAUAUUCCGAAAAAUUUUCAUCACAUGAAAAGAUACCUAUAUACAGUUACAUUAUCUGAAUGACCUAUUUGUAAUUCAUUUUUAUAUAAAAAAGAUAUGGAAAAUUUAAUUUUAAAAUGAUAAUAGAAUCAAUUUCGAUGGUCAUUUGAAAAUGUUCUCUGAUAUUGAUCAAUAUCAACAUUUUAUUGAUAGUCGACAAGAUAAUUCGAGGAUGUAGAUGUGGGUGAUAGGUUUGAAUAUAUUCUUUCUCUACACUCACACUCUGCUAUGUAUGUUUUUUUAUGUACAAUUGAAAUCACUUGAAUCAUGAAUGUAGCUCACAGUUUGUUUAUGUAAAUCAAUGAAUAUAUUUAAAACUUGAUUAAUUCAUUAUCCAACAGUGCGCUUAAUUCAAGGCCAAGUCUUUGAAUAUAUAUAUAUAUAAUUUUGAUAUGAAAUCUCAGUAAUAUACAGUGAGUGCACAGAAAAUAUGGAGGAUUAUUCAUGAAACUAAAUAGCCUACAGGCUAGAAACAUUUUUCUCUUUCAUUUGUGUAUGAAUAAUCACCGUUGCAUAUAUACAAAGACUAAUCUUCUGCGUAGUUAAUGACAUAUAUUUUAGUAAUAUUUAUGUACUACCUUUGCUGCAUAAUAUCAAGAAGAAAUAAUAUUAUAUAGAGAAUGAAUCGAUUAGAGAUUUUUGUAAGAGAAGUGCCACUAAAUCAAUAAAAGAGAAACUCUCCAGGUAAAUAGUAAUAAUGAAUGAAAUGUAGCCUCAAUGCGUAUUGUAGUUAAAUAUUUACAAUUCUCUAGAGUAUUUGAUAAUUUUUGUUCUUUUUUUCUUGUUUAUCGAAAGAUUAUAGAAAUAAUAUAUGUGUAAAAAGAUAUUCUAUAAUAUUUAAGGACGUUUAAAAAUGAAUAAGCGCAAACAUUAAAUUCUGUACAACACAAAUUCAAAAUAAGCAUUUGUAAUACAUCAUGCGUUCAAGCAUAA